AUGAAUUCAACUAUUUUUCUUUGUUUCAUUUUCCUGAUUGUUUUAGUAUUUCUGGCUGGUGGACAGGAAGAAGCCAAUUCAAACCACAUCUACCGUGAAGAAUACGAAACUUAUGAGACGCUGCAAAGACACAAGAUUCCUCCGCCACAGACUUUCGAAUUUGCCGAGACAGAAUUUACAAGGCCUAGUUAUUACUUAUCAGUGCCGUUUCGCUCUCAAAACAAACUUCAGACAAUUCCUGACGAUAUAUUCAGCCAACUAAUUAGGCAACACAUUGCUCGCAACCGUGGAAGCGAUCAGGAAGGAACUUUGACAAAAGAGCUACCUUAUUAUGUGACAUACAAUCCACAGACCAACACGUAUCAAAUAUCAAAUCAGCCACCUUUAUUGAAUACAGGAAUGGAAAGUGAGAAGACGGCUAAACCUAAUCAACAAAAUUCGACAUCUAGAAAGGAGUCACACAAACCUUCAACAGUUUCUGAAAAGUUAAAAGAACCUCCUUUGCUGAUUGUAUUGCAAAAAGCACUUCCCCUUGAUAAAAAUACUCAAGAAGAACACAAAACGAUAUCUCAAAAUAUUCUUGGAAAGCAACUGAACAUUCCAAAUGCAAAACAAAUUUUAUUUUUGGACGAUUACGAAGAAAGUAUGAACGAAGACGAUUAUAAAGAAAAUGAUGGAAAUUAG